AUGGCUGACGAGCUUGACUCUCUCGUCAAGGGCGCUCCUCCGCCGGGCAAAGAGCCCAAGGCCGCCGUCGGAACGACCGGCGUUGUCCCCGACUCUGGCAAGCAAGGCGACCCGUUGAGCCAUACCCCGAGCUCGCCAUCCAUGAUCUACCUGAACCUCCUGAUCCUCGAGGCCUCCCUGCGCGCGCAAUACCUCGAGCUUCGCGCCCGCCGCCGCCAUCACACAUUCUUCUUCACUUUGCUGUCGGCAUGGAUCAGCGGUUUCGGUUACGCCCUCUUCUUCGCACCGCGCGAGGAUGGUCGAGGAGUCGGCGGCUCCGUCUAUUGGGGUGUCGAGACAUUUGAGAAGAUCUGCUUCAUGGGAGGCGUCAUGACCGCCAUACUGGUCUGGGCCACAGGAAUAUGGGAGCGAGGGAUUAGGUGGCCACGCCGCUGGUUCGCCAUCUCCAACAGAGGCCUCCGAGGCUUCAACUCUAAGCUGGUUAUUAUCCGACGACCUUGGUGGGCCGAGUUUCUCUCCACCAUUGGCUUCUUCCUGACCUAUGGAAUUUUCUCCCACACGGCUAGCUCCUCGUACCGCUAUGUCGAACCAUCCAUACUGCGCGAAGUCGAAAAGGAGCUGAGCCUCACUGCGGACAGCCACCCAACACUGCCAGCCCUGAUCGAAGACGAAGAAAAGGGAGGCCACGAGGAGGACCUCGCGCCGGGCGGAGACUAUGUUAAGCUUCUUCUGCUCGCGAAGCCGUUCACGCCUACAUUUAGAGAAAACUGGGAAAUCUACCGCACCGAAUACUGGGAGAAGGAGAACGAGCGCCGCGCCCUCAUCCAGACGAAGCUCGCAGCACGCGACCGCCAGGUGGCCAAGCAGCGAUGGGGCAUGUUCUGGUGGCUGCCGUGGCACCGCGUCGACCGAGCCGGUCCGCCGCCUGCCCGCCAGCAGAGCCCGGAGAAGACGACGAUGCACCCCCGCGCCGCCGCCAUCGAGCGCGAGCACAGACGCCGUAGCAGCACCACCAGCGCGCACCGCCGUAGCUCGACGAGCUCGAACCGCAGCCUGACGCCGUCCGUGGCCGCGACCAGUGACGAUGGGGAUGGUACUAUUAGUCGGAAAGCUAGCACCGGUUCUAAUGCGUCGGAGAAGCGAAGAAAGAAGACGUUGACAAAGUCGAAGCGUCCCAACAUCGAGUCGAGGUCUGUCACGCCCGAUAUCUCGUCGCCGUUGGCGAGGGAGGGUAGUAUCAAUCGUGGAGAUGGCGGCUCCGGUGCCGAGUCUGUGGCGGGGAGGUCGUUGAGGCACUCUUCGUCCAAGGCUAGUAUCAGCUCGUCCAUCAAUUCUUUUCGGGAGAAGCAGCGGAAGGCUAGCGAGUCGUGA